AUGUCGGAUGAAGGUGAGUUUUCGACCGAUUCUGAAACGCACAGGCGCGGCCGCAGGGCAAGCACGGAUAGCAGCAGCAGCGAAAGCAGCAGCAGCGAAAACGGCAGCGAAAACGGCAGCGAAAACUCUCAAGACGAUAAAAGGAGCGAUAUCUCCGAAGACGAUGAGGAUUUCCUGCAGCACGGGCAGGAACGGGUAAGCCAUCUAACACCCUCUAGACGUCAUUAUGCGACUUUCUCUCUGCAGGCUUCUGAUGCGGAAGAAUUCUUGUGGGGUCGCUCCACUGCGACAGCUGCUCCGGAUGACGCAGCCGCCAGUGAUGGCGAGUUGUUCGACGAGGCCGAUUACUUGAGGGGGGAGCCAGGGGCCUCUCGAGGUUCUGCGAACGCAGGAGCGACGAACUUACGCGGAGUGCGACCAACUCCAGCAGCAAGCGCCGCAGCGGCAGCAAAGGCCGUGCUGCAGCAGCAACGUCAUCACGAUGCCGCCCUCUUUGACGAAGAGGCUCCUCCUUUCCUCCGUCCCGUGCUGCUGCAUGACGCAGCUGCGCGUCUCCGCAAGCAGCAGCUGAUCCUUGCUGCCCUCAAUGAUCUGGCUCACACGGAAGUGCGACACGACGCAGCAGCAGCAGCAGCAGCGGCUGCUGCCGCCUUAAGCGCAGUAGCAGGUGGGAACGAAGCUGGUCCUGACAAGCCGCUGCAGCAGCAAAACUGGCAGACUGGACUCCCCAGCCAGAAUUCGGAGGCUUCAGAUUCGCCGCAGUUGCAUCGCCAAGAGCAACAAGAACAACAAGAGCGAGAGAAACAGCAAGGGCAGCAAGAACAACAGCAAGGGCAGCAAGAGCAGCAGUUCCAGAAGGCACUGCUGCAGCAACAGAAUCCCAAACUUGCUAGAAUCAUGCAGAGUGUCUUCGGCAAAAAGAAGCCUGUAGGGCGCUUCGGACCAUUUGUGCAGCAGAUUUCUGACCAGCAGCAAGCUUCCUCAAGAGCAUCGGGAGAGGAAAAGGCAUCGGGGAUGCAGCCGCGCGAAGGCAGUAGCGUUGCUCGAGCAGCUGGAGCGGUGGCCGCUACGGAUCACGUUUCUACUGUGGAGCUCAGCAUCUCGCCUAUGGCUGUGAGGAACCUCAAGGAUGCGAAUUUGCUGCUAAAACGUGAGGGCUGUAGCGGCGAUGGGACUAAGCAGCAGCAGUACCUUUACGAGAUAGAAGACGGCCAUCUUGCCUACCAACACCCCAGGUUCUGCAUCUUUGCGAUUUUCGAGAAGGACCUUGUGCUGCGGUGCUUGUCGCCGCUGUGGCAGCGGCUCUGCAGUCUUUACGAUGAGGCUGAAGCGGGCAGCGAAGAGCAGCAGCAACAGUACUUGCUCCUCCUGCAGCUGCUGCGGUGUCUCAGCUCCCUUGCGUGCCCUCCUCCAGACGAGUGGAUCAAGUUUUGGCUGAAAUUUUCCGCAGUCCUUGACUCGGGGAAAACAUGGAAGCGCAGGGUGCAGGAUGCAGAGGCUGUGGAUAAGGAUGCGGCGGGAAAAGACAGGUUGCAAGGCCUUAGUUCUGAAGAGCAGCAGGCAGCACAAGACCUCAUUGAGGAAGAACGGCGCAAGCGAAGUCACAUUAAAACAAAAGAAGCGCUGACAUGCGGCCGAUUGUGGCUGCUCCUCGCCAAGUUUUACUUUGAUCAAACUCUUCUUCUGGAGCGAAAAGGCCGCAACACUCCGCUGCAGCAGGAGAUAGAAGAGCUCAAAGCUCGGCAGGACGCGCUGUAUACGCGGGAGAAGCUGCUUAAGGACCAGUUGACGGCUACGCACGAGGAUGAGGCAGACGUUCUAGAGGAAUCUCCCGUGGCAGCAGACACCGCCGAGGAACGACAGCCCUCAGGCCGCCUCCGAAGGGGUGGAGUUGCAGAAAUCCAGCGUUUGAGGGCCUCCCUCCGAACCGAGUUGGAGGCUUUAAAGGAAGAGCUCUUUGCUGUCACUGAGGCCAUCGCUUCAGCGAAUCGUCGGCUUCGCGACUUGGUGGAUCGUGCAAAGGCAGCAGUUGCAAGCGUGCAACACUUUGUGUGUGCUGCUCUGGAGCUGCCUGCUGCUUCUACAGCGGCAGCCAUGGGGGGCAACCCUCCGUACGUCGCUGCGCAGAAGCAGCUGAGGCUUGUGAAAUCCAUGCUGCAACACGGCGUGCAGAGCAAGCGCGGGAGCAUACUGCAGCUGCUGCUCCAGGACGUGCAGCACCUACUGUUCGCUGAGAUGCAGCGUCAGUUUGACUUGGAGGGCAGCAGCUACGUGUCUGCGGCACGGCGGGCUGCUGCGGCCGAAGGUGCAGACGGCGUUGCAGAAUUCAAUGGCGGCAGCAGUGCGGGAGCGGAGGGCAAGGCGCUGGGAAGUUGGAGUGUCACGUCUGUCCACAACGACUUGAUGCAGAAGAUCUGGAGGGUUCUGCGAACUUUCCAUGCCCUGGCAGCAAGUCUGCCGCCGCUGCAGCUUGCUGUGUUUCUUGCGCAAAAUCAGCAGGAGCUUCAACGCAUUCUGAAGAAAAGGGGGGGGGAGACGAGGGGACCACCGCGUGGUAGUAGUGGCGGCAGCGGGGUGAGCGACACCCUUAACAGUGCGAGAAGGACGAAAGAUAGCCGCAUCCUGGAGGGCACGCAUAGCCGUCCUGAAUCCUUCCUCGCGCCGUGCGUUUCUCUGCGAGAGCACGAGCAGCUGAAGCAGCAGCAGCUGCUCGAGCUCGGGAGGCAAGACCCUCUCAGGGCACGCCAGCUGCAGCAGCAGCAACGGAAGGUGGAGUUAGAUAAGCAGCGUCAGCGCGGCGUGCAGCAUCUUCCGUUCCUGCAGCCUCAGAAGACGCUGAACUAUCCGCGUCUCUUCGGCCACACGGAUGUGCUUCUCCUGCCGUUUGAUUUGGAGGGUGACGUGAUGCAUCAGGGCGCCGAGGGAGGAGAGGACUCUUCUGCAGGGGCAGCACCUGCGAGAGGAGUGGGAAUGUGCAGUUCUAAGGAUCUGAGCGGCAGCUUCUGCAGUGGCGACUGGCUCUACGUUGGGGGCGAACCCUUGCUGCACACAUCCAAAGCUCAGGAGGUUCAUCAGUUGAUUUCUGGAUACAUUGGUAUUUCCGCGACUUUCGCUACCCCCAUAGACCCUCAGACGCACGAAAACGCGCUGUACACGGGACGGCACUACUCCUUCGCGUUUCUUAUCGAGGCUGCGCUCAAGGAUAAACUCCGACAGGUCGAUGCAGAUCACCACAAACCAUGGGAUGCAGAGCUCCUCCUGAAUUUGAUUGCGUGGAUCUUCGCGUUCCACGUUCGCUUCUUCUCGGCCUCGAACGUCCUUAGACAGCAGGCACGCGCGAUGCAGCAGCAGGAAAAGAAGAAGCAAGCACAGCAGCAGCAGCAGCAAGGAGACGACUUAGCUGCAUGGCAGCGCCGUUGGGCACGACAGCUCGAUGAGAGCCAAGACCAGCCACCUCCGCCGCAACAGGCGGAAGAGGCGGACGAAAUUCAGCUGCUUGACAGAAUAGAUAUGAUUUUCUGUAUGCAGGGUUACGAUACACUGCUAAUCCACGAAUUCUUGCUGGAAUGCAUGCAGCAGUCCGUGAGAGUGGAGCGGCUAAAGCACAGCAGUACCAGCCUGUGUGUUGCAGCGCUGCGGUGUCUGAGGCAGCUGCUGCGGAUGAUGGAAGUGCAUGCGCAAAGCCGCGCAGCGGAGAUCCGCUCUGCAGUGCAGCAGCAGUUUGAGCGGUGGAUUGGCAGUGGAAUUGUGUCUGAUCUCUCGUACGCCUUGCGGAGGUACAAGCCAAGGUCAACAGAUCCGAAUGUCUUUCUCUUUGCCGCGGAGUGUGCCCUCUCGCUGCUAUCUCUGAUGCAGCAGCUCGGCGGCGUUGUGUCUGCCAGCGUGGACGGCUUCAAGACUCGGAAGUCGCGGAAGACGGGGGGGGCUGCAGCUACGGCCUUAUGGGAUGAAGAUGAUUUCCAGCAGUCACAGCAGCACCGCACUCGCCAGGUGACCAUAGAUGAUAUCCGCAGCGACUUCUUCCGAGGAGACAUCCUCAGUAACUGCAUGGCCUUUGUGAGCCGCUAUUCAUCGAAUCCGUUCUCCGUGAAUUCGGGCAUGGUGGCCUUCAUGCAGGAGCUUAUGGAGUACAGAGGGAAGCCAAACGAGAAUGUUGCGAUUUUCUUUGAUUUAAGUCAUUUCUUGGUGUUUCAACGACUGCUCAACGAUCCGCAGGUGACGGUGAAUCCGCGGCUGUCUUUCUUAGGAGAUUUCGCGGCUUGGGCCGUUCGCGGCUUCUUUCGCCUCUGGAGGAGCAACCAACUCCUCCCGAUUGAGCUGCUGUUCAGCAAGCAGCGCGCUCCGCAGACGCUGACGACCUGCAGAGCUGUCGGUACAGCUGGCGUCGAGGACGCCGAAAAUGGACGGACGGCGAACGCAGCAGCCGCAGAAGACGUGGUAAUGACACAGCACGACUUCUGGUGCCCAGCUUCGCUGCCUGCCCUCCAAUCUCUGUGCUCCAACUACCAGCGAGGCACUGACGCGAAGGUGCAGCAGCAGAUGCAGCAGCUCCCACACCUAGAGCCGGAGGAGGCACUCAAGCUCGCGGCAGACGAGGCAGCGGCCGCGCACGGAGGACAGAGUGCUGUAUGGAGCGGCGGUGUAUGGACUCACGAAGAAGAUUGCAUGCUGAUGCAAUACUUUGAGCAGUUCAGAGGUGUCAGAGAUUACUAUACGUACAUCGCCGAUCUCAUGGGGAGACACCCGAAGGCUGUCCGAAAGAGGCUUCAGCAUCUGCGAGGGAGAGAUCAGGAUAAUUGCGAUGAGCCUGAGGCUGCUGACGAGGAAGAUCCGAACGGUAGCAGCCCUCAUGGACUCGGUAAAGACGGAGAGCGAGGAGAGGAAGGCCAUGACGAUUCUGUGGGCCUUUCAUCUGCCCUUACAGCUGCCGUUUUCGCCUUUAGGAAGAAGGAUUGGAGGGCGUACUGUGCAGAGGCAGGAGAUGUCGAGGCUGAUUUGCGUUCAAGCGUGACAUACGUUCCUGAAAAGCUGCUGCACGGAGUGGCAUCUGCCUUAAGGGAUGCAUGCCGUCUGCAGAGGCAGCUGGAGGAGAUGCAUAGCUUGAGCGGCGGCUCAGCGUCAGCUCAACAAGAGGAAAUCCAUGUAGAGGAGCCAGCAGAAGCCCCAAUGGCAGUCCUAGACAGCCCACAAUUUAAGGCGCUCAUGGAAGCUCUCAGUUGCACGAGAAAGGCAGACAGCACUUCCUGGUGCCUCCGUCGAGAUCGCCAGAACGAGCUUAUCGCUGCUACCGUUGAGCGCUUGGAGGUGCUCGCAUCUCGAGAGCUGAAAGACUUGGAAGCAGAGCAACAGCGCCACCAGCAGCGAAGCAAGGAGAAGCAUAAGCAGCACAAGAAACGGAGUGGCGGCUUCUCCUUCCGCAGUGCUGCCCUUGCGGGGGGUCUCAUCGACUUCCAGCGCCGCCUGCUGGAGCUGGGGGCAGCAGCAGAGUCUCAAGCAGCAGGCGCCGCUACCGGCCUCUUUGCUGAUGACGCGAGCAGCUGGGAGUCGGAGGCUGCGACAGCGGCAGCGACGCAACUGAGGGAACCGAAGGAGGCUUUGGCUGCGCUAGUCGGCGCAUUCAAGAAGCUUCUGCAGCAGCUAGAAGGCGAGGCGCCUCCACACGAAGAAGACAAGCAGCAGCAAGGGGAGGAUAGCGCGGAGGAACGCCGCCUGCUCAAGCUAGAAGGGUUGACGUGGUUUACAGGCCUCCAAAAAGAAAGGUCGUUGAGAAGAUUGCUGUGGCUUAUGGGGAUGGAGUGCUCUGACGGAGAGGCUCGCUGGCAGCUGCCUAAAAGCGUUUCGGCAGCGACGUGGAAGGAUAGACUGCAGGUCUUUGAGGCCAUGCAUACGCGAGAUUUAGACGAUCUCGAGAUGCUUGUUGAGGAUGUACGACCCCGACAUGCUGAUGCUGGGACGAAUCACCCGAACCGAGACAGGGAAAGAGAUCGGAACGGCAUGAGAGAAGGGCAUGCUUCACGCAAGAAAACGCACAGCAAGCACAAAUCUAAAGACAAAGGAUCCUCAAGGCCCGUCGAUCAGCCUUUGCGCAUCAAGACGUAUCCUCCGAAGCCUACGCCCCAGCAACAGCUUGUGUUGGUGCAGAAGCUGCUGCAGUGGCGCCGCUUUAUCGAGGGGGGAGAGAUGGGGGAAGUGGUUGGUGCCGACGAGCAGCUCCUGCGGCUCAUAAGCUGUCUAGACACCUGGCUAGGCCGACGCGCAGCAGCAGCAGCAGACGCAGUAGCGGCUUGCGAACAGGCUGAUGAGGCAGCAGCAGCAGCAGCGGCAGCAGACGCUGAGCGUGAAGUAGGCAACUUGGUCGUAACACAGCAUGGCGAAGCAGGCGAUGAAGAACACGCUUUACUCGGAUCUGAAUCGCAUGAAAGCCUUCCAGUUGAAGCCAUUGGACGCGGCCGUCUCCCUACAACGCUUGAGGCCCUCUGGGUGUGCGCUGCUUUGGGGGGGCAGCCAACCGUAGGAAGUGACAACAAACGGUGGAUAUGGCUAGCAGAUCCUUGCCACCUUCCCGCUUCGUGGCUUCGAAGACAGCUCAAGCUGAUACUGCGGGCUCUCUCGGAUCCGCGGCUGAGCAGCGCGUCUGCGCUGCAGGAAGAAGCCGACGCCCUUGCGGAGAUUGUGCAGCAGCAGCAGCAGAAUGAAGAGCGGCAGCGAAAAGAGGAGGAGAAGAGGCACAGGCAGCAGCAGCAACAGGAAGAGGAGCAGAAGAGGCAGCGUAGAAAGGAGCAGCGCAGGCGGAAACGAAAGCAGCAAGAGGAGACUGAGGAAGAGAAGGAGGACAGUGAGCCUGAGAGGGCCGAGGCACCAGAGCCUCCCCCUAGCGACGAGUCAUCGCUUGCUGGCAAUGAGGAGAUCAGCGAUGCUUCUGAGUCGCUUGAAUCACGACGCACGCCCAAACAAACCCUCAGGGGGAGGAGGCGUUCCCGAGUUGCAUCCCCCGAAUCCUCACCCAUGAGGCCCCAGCCAACCGAAGAGACAGCAGAGGCGCACCCCAAAGUCUCUACAGGAGACGCACCAGGGACGUCCACCUCUGCAUCAGCGGCAGCAGCAGAGGCACAAGCGGCGCAAACGGCAGCAGAGGAGGAAGAGGCUGAUGCCUUCGCCGCGUGGAUCAGAGACACUGUAGAGCGCCCCGAGGGCCGAUCUUCCGCUGCCGCUGGAGAGCUGCCUCAGGCGCUGCAGAAGUUCAUUGCAGAAACGGAGAAGGAAGAGCAGCAUCUGCCGCUGCAGCUGAUGGAGGGCGUUGUUUGUGAGAGAGCUGGAUCAGCGCGAGAUGCACAGCUACCAGCCGCAGCAGAGGCAGGAGGCGAAGCGGAGGAAGAGGGCCACAGGAUCAAGCGAGCCCGCAAAAUCCCCAGCCGGGUGGCUUUGAAAGCACUCUUAGACGACUGCUGCCGCGUCGCUGCAGCAGGGGAGCAGAAGCAGAGAGCCAUGGAGGAGGAGGCGCUUGCGGAUCUUCUGCCGGCAAAUAAAUUCGUUGGAGGUGGUACUGCCCUCAGUCACCUGUUGCUGGAGUCCUAG